GUUUUAAGAAGAAAUAGGUUAAGAAUUGAAUUGAAAUGGGUUAUGUUAUUAUUGUUUUCACGUGUAUAGAGAGCAAUUUUUAAAAUGGCUAAAUUCAAUCUGAAAAAACAAUCCAAACGUCAACCUGCUCGCCUGAGAUACAAGGUAGAAAAAAAAAUUCGAGAUCAUAACAGACAAAAACGAAAGGAAGCAAAAAAGAACCCUAAAAAAAGGAAGCAAAAUGUUAUACAAGUUCCUAAUAUAUGUCCUUUCAAAGAAGACAUACUAAAGGAGGUGGAAGCCAUGAGAAAACAGAAGGAAGAGGAAAAGAAGAUGCAGCGUGAAACUGCCAGACUCGAGCGCAAGAAGCAAAAAGAAGAACAAAAACAGGAGAAUUUAUCUGAAGGUCUUGAGGGGCUCGUUACAAAAGCUGAAGUGAGAAAUAAGUUGCAUGAACAUCUCACUCCUUCACAAACAAUAAAAUCUCAUGAGCUGAACAAUGAACAGUCAUUGAAGCAAUAUUACAAGGAGUUCAAGAAAGUUAUUGAAGCCGCUGAUGUUGUUCUAGAAGUAAUUGAUGCUAGAGAUCCCUUGGGUACCAGAUGUAAACAGGUAGAACAAGCAGUAAUGGAUUCAAAUAAUAAGAGAUUGGUUCUGGUUUUAAACAAAGCUGACUUGGUACCACGAGCCAUUCUAGAUAAGUGGUUGAAGUAUUUGAGAAAAUCAGUACCUGCUGUAGCCUUUAAAGCUUCUACACAAAAUCAAAGCCGUAAACUGGGACAAAAAAACUGGACAAAAUGUGCUCCAGUUUUACAGACCUCUUCAUGUGUGGGUGCUGAAAUGUUAAUAGAUUUACUUGCCAAUUAUUGCAGGAAUAAAAAGAUUAAAACAUCAAUAAAAGUUGGUGUAGUAGGAUUACCCAAUGUUGGUAAAAGUUCAAUAAUUAACAGUUUGAAGAGGUCACGCGCCUGUAAUGUUGGUGCAACUCCAGGAGUAAAUAGAGCUAUGCAAGAAGUUCAUUUAGACUCCAAAAUAAGACUAUUAGACUCGCCAGGAAUUGUAUUUGCCUCAGGUAAUGAUAGCAUUUCAUCCUUACGGAAUGCCGUGAAAAUCACUGGUUUAAGCGAUCCAAUAACUCCUGCUAAUGCUAUUUUACAAAGGGUCACCAAACAGCAAAUGAUGGAAUUGUAUGAUAUAACUGAAUAUGAUACGCCAGAGGAAUUUUAUAGUUUAAAAGCAGCUCGUACAGGAAGAUUUAGAAAAGGUGGAAUUCCAGAUUCUGUCAGUGCAGCAAGAGGUUUAUUGGAAGACUGGAACAGCGGAAAAAUUAAAUAUUAUACUGUACCCCCCGAAGAAAACACUGAAAAUGUUCAUAUAAGUGCAACCAUUGUCAGUGAAGUGGCAAAAGAAUUUGACUUAGCUAGUUUUGAAACAAUGGAAACUGAUAUUUUGAAUAAAAUAGAAAAAGAAUCUGGAUCUAAAACGAAUGCAUUCAUUGUAGAUAGCUUAAGUCCUGUAGAUUCAGUAGAAAAAAUGGAAGAGGAUAAAGAAGAUGAAAAUUUAUUGAGUGAGAAAAUGAACAUAACUACUAAUAAAAAAAAUAAAACCCAAAAAAUGCCCCGAAUUAAGAAAGUUGACCCUGAAAUGAACUUAGAGGGCAACCAGAAGCUCAAUCAAAUAAUUAUAUUGUAA